UCCCGGCUCUGGGGCCUCCGAUAAGGGCCUGCGGGGGGCUCGGGCGCGCCUGGGCGCUGCGAUAGGGUGACGGGGCGUGCUCGUGGGACGCCGCGGGGAGGCGCCGCGGCCCGAGGUCCCGGUGCGGCCACCCGGAACCGGGUCCGGGGCCCCAGGCUGGAGCCGGGCGGGGCGGGGCGUCCGGCCGUGUUGCGCCCGCCCGGCUCCCGGGGCCAGCGCCGCUAAAAUGGCGGCGGCGGCGGCGGCGGCGGUGACAGCGUCCCGCACCGGGCCCGGGGGCCUGGCCGCCGUGUCGGGGGCCGACUAGCGCCUUCCCGGGCGCCGCGGUCCGGCCCCCCCGGGCGCACUCGCGCGGCCCCCACCUGGGCCCUCGGUCCGCCCUCCCGGCGCGCCCAUGAACUCGGUGUCGCCGGCCGCCGCUCAAUACCGGAGCGGGAGCCCGGAGGACGCGCGCCGCCCCGAGGGCCGCAGGCCGCGGGGUCCCCGAGUCCCGGACCCCAACGGCCUGGGGCCUUCCGGAGCCAGCGGCCCGGCUCUUGGCUCUCCUGGGGCCGCCCCUGGGGAGCCGGACGAGGUGGACAAGUUUAAGGCGAAGUUCCUGACGGCCUGGAACAACGUCAAGUACGGUUGGGCAGUCAAAAGCCGGACCAGCUUCAGCAAGAUCUCCAGCGUCCACCUCUGUGGCCGCCGCUACCGCUUCGAGGGCGAGGGUGACAUCCAGCGUUUCCAGCGGGACUUCAUGUCCCGCCUGUGGCUCACGUACCGCCGGGACUUCCCGCCCCUCGCUGGCGGCUGCCUGACCUCGGACUGUGGCUGGGGGUGCAUGCUUCGCAGUGGGCAGAUGAUGCUGGCUCAGGGCCUUCUCCUGCACUUCCUGCCCCGAGACUGGACCUGGUCCGAGGGCUCGGGCCUGGGCCGCUCCGAGCCAUCAGGGUUGGCCUCUCCCAACCGUUACCGCGGGCCUGCUCGCUGGAUGCCCCCACGCGGGGCCCAGGGCACCCCCGAGCUGCAGCAGGAGCGGCGGCACCGGCAGAUAGUGUCCUGGUUCGCCGACCACCCCCAGGCCCCCUUUGGCCUACACCGGCUGGUGGAGCUUGGGCAGAGCUCGGGCAAGAAGGCGGGUGACUGGUAUGGGCCAUCUCUGGUGGCGCACAUACUCAGGAAAGCCGUGGAGAGCUGCUCAGAGGUUACCCGCCUGGUCGUGUAUGUUUCUCAGGACUGCACAGUGUACAAGGCAGAUGUGGCACGCCUGGUGGCCAGGCCGGACCCCGCAGCCGAGUGGAAGUCUGUGGUCAUCUUGGUGCCGGUGCGGCUGGGUGGCGAGACCCUCAACCCUGUGUACGUGCCGUGUGUGAAGGAGCUCCUGCGUUCAGAGCUGUGCCUGGGCAUCAUGGGGGGCAAGCCACGCCAUUCACUGUACUUCAUCGGCUACCAGGACGACUUCCUGCUCUACCUGGACCCCCACUACUGCCAGCCCACUGUGGACGUCAGUCGGGCUGACUUCCCCCUGGAGUCCUUCCACUGCACCUCACCCCGAAAGAUGGCCUUCGCCAAGAUGGACCCAAGCUGUACGGUGGGGUUCUAUGCUGGAGACCGGAAGGAGUUCGAGACGCUCUGCUCAGAGCUGACCAGGGUCCUCAGCUCCUCCUCGGCCACAGAGCGGUACCCCAUGUUCACCCUGGCCGAGGGCCAUGCUCAGGACCACAGCCUGGACGACCUCUGCUCCCAGCUCUCCCAGCCGACGCUGCGGCUCCCUCGCGCGGGGCGGCUUCUCAAGGCCAAACGCCCAAGCUCUGAGGACUUCGUGUUUUUAUGACGCAUGGGGCUGGGGGCUAAGAUGCGCACUAUUUAUUUUUUUAUUUAUGUCAUGCUGGGUGUGGGAGCUUGACGGCGGGAGGUGACGGGUCUCCCCCUUCCCGCCCCCUUGACAAGCGCAGCUGAGAUCAGUCCAGGAAAGCUCAGGGCCGUUCAGACGCUGGGCCUCCCGCCAGCUGGGCCCCCCUCACAGGGCAGGGAGGGAGGGCUUCCGGACACCCACUCAGGGCCUGACCCAAGUACUGUAGUUUGCACUGGACCACCCAUGCCCCUCGCUGGUCCCACGGCCCCCGCCCUGCUGAGGACUGGGGGUGCGGGGGGAAGGGAGCUGUGGCCACCGGGGCCUAAUAAAGCCGUUUAAUUGGA